ACAGGGCGAGCGAGCUGAGCGGCUGCUUCUAUCUCUUGCGCCCCCAACAGGAACUAUGAGGUUCUUCAAGAGAGCGCAGCAGUUGCAAGCGACGCUGGAGACUCCGAAUUCGUCAACAGUGGAGUUGCCAAUGCCGGAGAACGAAAUGCACCAGCUGUCUCAGGAGGUGUCGAACCUGCGGGCCAACCUGGGCAGGGCACGAGCGCACUUUAACACCCUGCGUGGCGCCCUGAGCCAGAAGGAUAAGAGCCUCCACGAGAUGCUGCACCAACUAGAGAUCCAGCGUUCUGAGGAGCUACGGGUGCACUCGCAGGCCAUCGACAGCCUGCAGGCGGAGUUGGAGGCAGCGCGGCGGGGUGAGCGGGAGGCCGAGGAGCGUUCCGUGCACGACGCCAACGCCGCGUCAUCGGAGCUGGCAGAGUUCACGAUUAGGACUGAGCGGUUUCAGGAGCAGCUGAGACAGGACCACGAGGAGACUCUGAAUCUGGCACGCAUGGAGCUGGCCGAAUAUCGUGCAUCGCACACGCACGCCGACUCAGAGUACGACUCUCACGUCGUGCACAUCGCGGUCCUGCAGAAGGAGCUGAAGGAGCGUGACGAGCUGCUGCAGCGCUCUGAGGCCGACCUGGUGGUGGCACAGGAAGUGGCACAAGAGCGUGGCACUGAAGCCGAGCGGCUGGGCGCCGAGGCCGCGGAGCUGAGUGCGACCGUGCGUGACCUCUAUGCCAACCAAGAGGCGCAGCAAACUGAGGUGGACACCCUGCGGCAAUGA